UACCAUAAAUGUAACCAUAACAAUAUGCAAGAGACGAAAGAAAAAAGUUCGAAAAUCUUUAUUCGAAAAAUCUACCGACUAUCGUAUCACGCUUCCCAACUAGUGCCAAUACACGGUGUGUAGUGAUAUCAGCUAUGAGAGUUAUCUGAAAUCGAAAAUGUGUUUACUGUGCUUGCAAAAUUCAAAGCCGUAUUAUAUGACUGUAGAAAAGAAGUUCUAUAGCUCAGCUGCUUUACGGUUCACCCCGUGUUAGAGCGGGAAAUCUAUUCCGAACACCGCGGUCGCAAGCAGCCAUCCUUGGUCGGCGGUUGGAUUUGGAUUUACGGUUUGGAUUGCCGUCCUUCUAAUUUUCGCUUUGUUUUGGAAGCUGUUCUCCAAGUUCGAUCCCGCGAAUGACGCUACCCGAAGUUUUAUAAUACACUAUUUUUUUAAUAAUUUGCCUCUUCAGAUCCCAUUUAUCAUCUUAUGGCUUCUGACAAAUUUUACUGGAAACGUUCACAUGCUGAAAUUUGAUUGCACGUAAUCCUGGUGAUCCGCGUUACAUCGAGAAUCGCGCAGGUGUAACGAGCAUAACUUCGCAGUUCGCGUAGCUUUAUAAACGACAUGGAUAGUUCAUCUGGUAUAGAAACUGCUUCACUAGAAAUGAUGACACUCAGGUUUCCCAGACGAAGUUCGUUGGACAGCACUGUAAAGCGCCAGAAAACGGAGCUUUCCCAGCCGUCCGAUACUGCGCAGUGUACGAAACCACCAAAAAGGCACAAGAGAACGAAAAAGUCUGACCGUGUUGAAUCCGCUGAUCUCAACGAUUUGGCGGGCUCGGAUGAGCCCACCUCGAUCGGAAAACUUAAGGUUAAAAAAAAGGGUCGAGCAGAACCUUUAAAAAAGUUCAAGCAGACAACACUGUAUGGAGAAAUCGCCGUAACCGAGGGUUCGGAUGAUGACGGCUCCUUUAAUUCCGACGAUUUGACCGAUGAUGAUGGUGUUCGGUCCGCCGGUAGCGAUGAGGACGAUGAUUGUGAUGCGAAGGAGAUUAUUCCAACAAAAGACCGGAAAUCAGCGCCGACGCGCCACCAGAUUAUGGCCAGUCGACGUGUGAUUUGGUUCCGACAGAAUACAUUCCGCGGCGCAUCAUCCGCUUCUAGUCAGGAAAGUCGCACCAACGAUCUGGAUUCCAGUGUUGAGCUGAUCGAGGCGGAAUCUUCGACAUCUGAUUCUGCGCGUGGUUCGCAAUCUUCCAUCACAGAUGAACGAAGACAUUUAUCAGCAGAACUUAUUACACCGACGUCGCUUUGUACCCGAACAAAACGAAAAUAUCGCCGAAAUUAUUCGAUUAAGAAGUAUCUGGUAAUGAAAACUGAGAGCACGAUUGAGGAUAGUCGGAAUGAUUCUACGGUCUCCCAAUCAACAGCCAACACAACCAUUAUCGUUUCUGAUUCUGACGACGAUGUCGACGAAGGGUCAUCAUCGCAGAAUCCGACUGACAUGGAGUGCUCGAAGCCAAUUGUUCUGGACAGUUCGACCGAUAAUAUUGAAGAUAUUAACGAUGCUGAUUGUGAACAGGACUAGGACUGAUCGGUUUUGCCUUCCUACUUCAGGUUGUCUAUAUCGCAUUGUAGUUAUAAAGAAAUACUUAGUUUUUACGGUGACGGCCUUGUACCAGAAAUUUUUCGGGUUUGGAAGUGUUUUUACCUUUGCGUCAUUUUGUUGUUUUAUAGUGUUUAUAAUUGUGUUUGUAAAUCCUUCUUCUCCGUUUGUAUAUGUCCCUGCAAUUUUGUUGACGGCAUUGUACGAGUGUCAGCAGUGAUUUGGAUGGUAAAUCGCAAUUCAAAACAGGCAUACGACUAGCA